AGGCUCCGGUGAGGAGUCCAGCCUGCGAGGCUUGGUCUGUCUGGGUGUGGCUCGGCAGCCUCCCCGCGGAGCUUCGGGGCGAUAAACGGACCCAGCCCAACCCGGUCCCGGCCAGCUCAGGGCACCCACCCCUCCACCGCCGGCCCUCCACUUCUUUCCGGUCCCUAUCAGGAGCCGCAGCUUUUCCUCAUCCCGGCUACGGUCCCUCCACGCCCUCUGCCCCUUGCGGUGCCGGCUUUCUCCUCCUCCUCCUCCUCCUCCUUCUCCUCCUCCUUCUCUUCUUCCUCCUCCUCCUCCUUCUCUUCUUCGUCCUCCUCCUCUUCCUCCCGCUCCUCCUCCAGUUCUCUCUCCUCCUUUUCACUCCUCCUCCUCUUCCUACCGCGACUGGAUAACGGUGAGUACAUCCAGAGGAGGCAGCUUGUACUCGCGGGGCUCCGGGCUGGCCUGUGUGCUCUGAGGAGCCUGCGUUGCCCCUCCGUCCCUGGCCUCCGCUGCCCGAGAAUCCAUCAGUUCUUCACUGAAGGUAGAUGGCAUUUUUCCAUCAUGAAUCUUUGGGAUUGUCUUGGAUCACUUCAUUGCUCUGAGCAACCAGGUCAUUCACAGUUGUUCAUCCAGAAAUAGUGCUGUUGCGGUGUAAUUUCUUUUGGUUCUGCUUACUUUACUCGGCAUCAGUUCAUCUAAGUCUUUCAGAAAUCUUUCUGUGUGUACCUGGUGUCUCCUGAUAGAGUGGAAAUGGAAGGAUUAAUUCACUUUGGCUUGGUAUGCCCCGAACAGAGCAGAGUGCCUGAUCCUUAGCCACGCGAGAUCUAUGGAAGAGGUGGUGUUUUUGGACUCUGACAUUGCCUGGGGAGCCUGUCCUGUUUUGGACCCGUGCUCCAAGAGGCCGAAUGUUUCAGAGAGAUUCUCAGAUGACUCAUAUGAAACAAAGACUACAAAAUGUCAGUCCUUGAGAUUCAAGUCGUAGUCCCAGCGACACCAACAAACACCAAUGGCCCAGUUGAGAACACCUUAGGAACUCACAAAGGAAUGAAGAGACAACCAGAAGUUGCAACUGUGCUGAGUUUUCAUAAUAUCUGCUAUCAAGUGAAAGUGAAGACUGGUUUCAUAGGUUGUCGGAAGAUUACUAAGAAAGAAAUACUCAAGAAUGUCAAUGGGAUCAUGAAGCCAGGCCUCAAUGCCAUCUUGGGACCCACAGGUGGUGGCAAGUCUUCAUUGUUAGAUGUCUUAGCUGCUAGGAAAGACCCUCAUGGACUGUCUGGACAUGUUUUAAUAAAUGGAGCUCCCCAACCUGCUAAUUUCAAAUGUAACUCAGGCUAUGUUGUACAGGAUGAUGUUGUGAUGGGCACUCUCACAGUAAGAGAAAAUUUACAGUUUUCAGCAGCACUUCGACUUCCCACAAGCAUGAAGAGCCAUGAGAAGAAUGAACGAAUUGACAAGGUUAUCAAGGAGCUAGGUUUGGAGAAAGUAGCUGACUCCAAGGUAGGAACUCCGUUCUCUCGUGGUGUAUCUGGAGGAGAGAGAAAAAGGACCAGUAUUGGAAUGGAACUCAUUUCUGAUCCAUCUGUCUUGUUUUUGGAUGAACCCACUACUGGCUUAGACUCCAGUACAGCGAAUGCUGUUCUUUUACUACUGAAGAGGAUGUCUAAGCAGGGAAAAACAAUCAUCUUCUCUAUACAUCAGCCUCGAUAUUCCAUCUUCAAGUUGUUUGACAGUCUGACCUUAUUGGCUUCUGGAAGAUUGAUUUUCCAUGGUCCUGCUCAGGAAGCCUUGGAAUACUUUGCUAAUGCCGGAUACCACUGUGAACCCUAUAAUAAUCCAGCAGAUUUCUUCUUGGAUAUCAUUAAUGGAGACUCUUCUGCUGUGCAGUUAAACAGAGAAGAAGGAACUGGUGAAGCUAAGAAAAAUUCAGAACCUGCUCAGCAAGAUAAACCCAUUAUAGAUGAAUUAGCAGAGGUUUAUAUUAAUUCUACCUACUUCAAGGAAACUAAAGCAGCACUAGAUACAUUCUCUGCGGGGUAUAAAAAGAUGAAGACUACUGCUUUCCAUGAAAUAACGUAUAAUACCUCCUUUUGUCAUCAACUCAAAUGGGUGUCCAAACGGUCAUUCAGAAAUUUACUGCGUAGCCCACAGGCCUCCAUAGCUCAGAUAAUCAUCACAGCUUUCCUAGGAUUGGUUGUAGGUGGCAUUUUCUUUGGGCUAAAGAAUGAUCCUACUGGAAUUCAGAACAGAGCUGGGGUGCUCUUUUUCCUGACCAACAACCAGUGUUUUAGCAGCGUUUCAGCAGUGGAGCUUUUGGUGGUGGAAAAAAAGCUGUUUAUACAUGAGUAUGUCAGUGGCUACUACAGAGUUUCUUCAUAUUUUUUCGCGAAGGUGUUAUCUGAUUUACUCCCUAUGAGAAUGUUGCCAAGCAUCAUAUUCACUUGUAUAACAUAUUUUAUGUUAGGACUGAAGCAGGAGGUGGGGGCCUUCUUCAUCAUGAUGUUUUCCCUCAUGAUGGUUUCGUACACCGCCAGUUCCAUGGCCCUGGCUAUCGCCGCAGGUCAGAGUGUCGUGUCGGUGGCCAACAUCCUCAUGACCAUCUCGUUUGUUUUCAUGAUGAUAUUUUCAGGAUUGUUAGUAAAUCUCAAAACCAUCGUGCCCUGGCUUUCAUGGCUCCAAUAUUUAAGCAUUCCUCGAUAUGGUUAUACAGCUCUGCAACAUAAUGAAUUUAUUGGCCAAAACUUUUGUCCCAACCUCAACUCCACAGCUCCAAAUAAUUCCUGUGAAUAUGCAGUGUGCACUGGAGAAGACUUUCUGAGAAACCAAGGCAUUGACUUGUCUGGCUGGGGCUUGUGGCAGAACCACGUCGCCUUAGCCUGCAUGAUCAUCAUCUUCCUGACCAUUGCUUACCUGAAGUUACUGUUUCUAAAGAAGUUUUCCUAAAACACCCGUGAUAUACAGUGUGAUUCCAUGUGACAAAACACUUCUGAUCACUGAAAAAUAUUCGUUGUUUGGGCUUUUGUUGUUGAAGAAUGAAUCCUAGUUAAAUUGGAUUGAAUUUUACUGUGAUUAACUAUGUCUCUGCAGUUUAUAUUCACUAUGAAGCUAGUAUGGAAAUGAUGAAAGAAACAGCAACUUAAGCUAAGGACAUUACACGAUUUAUCAGUUCAUAUACUCAGUAAGUUUGUAGAGAAGACACUAGGUAUAACUCAUGGAUCUGGCAUUGAUCAGUAAAUAAGUAAUAUGUAUUUAUGCUACUUUACUAGGAACUCUGAAAUGUCUUGGGAAGUUAGGUCUUUUUGGUGAUUUUUUUUUGGAUGCUGGAUUUUAUAUAUUUAGAUUUGUCAUGACAGUAGACCAAAAUUAUUGUCCUUUAAUAAACUUAAUCAAAUAGAAUUUAUUUGAUAUUUUCCUAGGAAACAAUAAUAUCUAACGAAUCUGUAGCCAAGGAGUUGCAUUGUGGAAAGAGAUUGAGAUAGGGAGGAGGAGAAUGGAGAUUCUAGCUCUGCCACUCACGAGUUGUACAAAUUUUGUUUUUUAUUUUAAAGUGUUACUUUCUGGUUUGGAGUCAAUAUUCUGUAUUGGUUCCAAAGCAGAAGAGGGCAAGGGCUAGACAAUGGGGGCUAAGCUAGGGCUUAGCUAGGAAAUGUUUGAGGUCAAAUUUGAACUCAGGUCCUCCAAUCUGACUAUCCACUGAGACACUUAGCAGCUCCCAAAAUCUCUUGUUAAUCAAGUAUUUAUUAAACAACUUUUAGAAGUUUGGCUUUGUGCCAAGUGCGGUGGCUACAAAGAUAAAAGUGAAUAGCCCUUGUGUUCAACAAAUUUACACUAUAUUGGAGGGGAACAAUAUGUACACAUAUAAGUAUUUAUAAAUUAAAUACAAGUUUGUUUGCAGGUCAGGAGACCCUAGGGAUUGAGGAGACAAAGCCUCCUGAGGGAGACUGUAUUUGUGCCUUGAAGGAAGCUGGGGAUACUAAAAGGUGAGACUUGACUGACAGCCAGCAAUUUGCACAGGCGUGCAAAAUCACCAGGAAGGCUGCUUUGGCUAAAUCAUAGAGUACAUGACGAGAAAGAAUAUUGUUAUUUACUGUUGUAUACAGCCAUUGCAGGCCCUCAGUUGUGUACAAAUUGAAAGGAGUAGGACUAAUUAGGUGCUUUUCAACUUUCCUGAGAAGGUGGUCAAAAUUUUUUUUGACUACAAAAUGACAGUAAUUGUGCUGUUAUUAUCAACUGGGUAAAAAAUAUAUAUAUUACCAAAGGUUGAAUGUAUUGAUUAAUGCUCUUGAAUGAAUUUGUAUUUUAUUAAUCAGGAAUUUCUACAUAUAUUUUAAAAGAUCCUCAGUUUACAAAAGCUAUGUUUCUGUAUUUAUUAUACUGAAUCUUUAAUAAAAUAAAAAUCUUUGCAAAGA